CCUUCCGGGUGAGGAGCACCGCCUCUCCUCCCGGUUCCGCCCCAUUCGUUUGUAAACCCCGCCCCUCAGAAGGACUCCGGCUUGUCAUCGGGGAAGGCCUCUGGGAAGGUGGAGGCCCGCAGGGCGGAGGCGGAGCCCGGGAAGGAAAGGUCGAACCAGAGGGCAGAAGGCGGGACCUAAGGAGAGACGCGACUUUUAGAGGCAGGGAAAAGUCAGAAAGGCGGGGCUUGGGAGAGAGGGAGCCGGAAGAAAGACUUAGAAGAAAGGGGUGGGGCCACGGGUUCCGGGCGAAGCUUGGAGUGGAAGAGUGGGUGUGGAGGGCGUGGCUAUCACGAAAGAUUAGAUCUGAGAGGAGGAAUCAGUAGGUGGGCCCGACCCGCGGAAAAGCGGAGGCCUAGAGAUGGCUGACUGUGGGCAAUCUAGUUCAUUUUUGCUCCAUCGUGGUGCAUAGCUUGGUCUCUAUUUUAGUACCCCAGCGGUGACUGCCCCUGGCUCCCCCAGCAUCUUUGUGCUGUGCUGCUCCGUGACCCCUUGAGCACUUAAUCAAGAAACACGGAAUAAGUGCCUGCAUGUCCAGCUGGAUUUCAGAUCAAUUAGAACAGGUCUCUGCUCUCCAGGACUUCAGAGAAUUGCAAUGUAGUGUAAUAAGUGCAAUACUACGGGGGCCAUGUAGGAGCAGCACUUAGCAUGAUUCGCAUGUAUAGAGAAUGAGAGGAAGGUAGGGUGAAGGAGCUUAGGGAAGACUUCCAGAAGGAGAUGCUGUCUAAGCCGAGUCUUGGGAAACAAGCAAGAAUAAGAUAAACUAAAAUAGAAAAACAGAAGUUUCAGAUGAGGUCUGUAGUUUUAAAAGUAUUUUACCAAUAUUAAAUACCUGGUUUUUUAUCAUUGUGCUAUGGUUAUAUAAGAUCAUAACAUUAGGGAAAUAUGGAUAAGGAAUUGAUAAGAACUCUGUAUUAUUUUUGCAACUUUUCUGUAAGCCUAAAAUUAGUUCAAAUAAAAAAUAUUUUAAAAGAAAUAGAAGUUUCAAACCACAGGAUCAGCAUAUACCAGGGAAAGGAAAAAUGGACAACAUGUGGGGGGGGGCGUCCUAUAAGAACUGCAAUCAGUACAGUGUCUGGAGCCUAGGGAACAUGUGAGGAAACAUUGUGGGAUGAGGCUGAAGAUAUGGACUAAAGAACUUUAUAAACCAUGUUAAGGAAUUUCAAUUUUACUUUUGGGAUGAUGGCUACAAAGAAUUUUGUACAUAGAUUGCUAGUGAGGGGACCUUUGCAAAGACCAAACAAGCUUAUAAAGCCCAAACUAGAAUAGUAAAAAUGCAAAGAAGCAGACAUGUGGACUUUUAGAAGGUAGAUCACCAUAGUUUGAUGAUUGGGUGGAUAUAAGAGGAAAAUAAGAGGAAGAAUUAAAAACUAAUGCUUAGCUUAUAUAAAUUCAAAAACAGGUAAAACUAAACUAUGAUAUUAGAAUUCAGGAUAGUGAUUACUCUUGGAAAAACAUUGACUGAAAGGGACAGAAUGGGGCUCCUGAGGCACUGGUGAUGUUCUGUUUCUUAAUCUGAGUGCUGAUUAUAUGGGUGUGUUCACUUUGUGAAAAUAUAUCAAGCUAUAUACUUAAGGAUUGUGCACCUUUGUCUAUGUUUGCUUGUUCUGGUUACUAUGCUGUGUGACAAACCAACCCAAACUUAGUGUCACAAAAACAAUAGCCAUUUCAUUAUGUGCACAAAUUUUGGGAAUUUGGAUGAGAUACAACAGGAAUGAUUUGUCUCUAUUCCACGAUGUCUGGGGUCUUAUCUGUAAAACUUGAACAUUUAGGGGUGAUUUGAGGAUGGUGAUUGGAAGCUUCUUCAGUCACACAUCUGAUUCCUGGGCUGGAACAACAAAAAAACUGAACUCAGUGGGGGAACUGUCAAACAGAACUUUUCAGUGUGAUGGGUAGUUUCCAAGAGGGAAUAUUCUGAGAGGGAGCUACCAGACCAUAAGCAUUCUAAGAGAACCAGAGGGAAGUUGCAUGGCCUUUUAUGAUCUAGCCUCACACGUCAUACAGCAUCACUCCUGCUAUACUCUAUUGGUUGAAACUAUCACAAGGGAGUGGUGUCAAAGAAUUUGUGGCCUUGUUGUUGUUGUUGUUGUUGUUGAGAUGGAGUCUCAUUCUGUCACCCCAGCUGGAGUGCAGUGGUGCAGUCUCGGCUUGCUGCAACCUCCGCUUCCCUGUUCAAGUAAUUCUCCUGCCUCAGCCUCCUGAGUCACUGGAACUACAGGAGUACGCCACCAUGCCAGGCUAAUUUUCUGUAUUUUAGUAGAGACAGGGUUUCACCAUGUUGCUCAGGCUGGUCUCAAACUCCUGAGCUCAGGCAGUCUGCCUGCCUCAGCCUCCCAAAGUGCUAGAAUUACAAGCCUGAGCCACUGCACCCGGACUGUGACCAUUUUUUUUAACUGCCACAAUGUUAUACAAUAAUAAUAAAUGCAGGUCCUAGGUUUCUUGCUGAAAAGGCAGAGAUAGGAAUUCUAGGAGAAAAAGUAGAUAGAGGAAGAUAAUGAGCUCAGUUAUAGACCCAAUGGGUGGAAGGUGACUAUGGGAUAUCCAAGUAGGAACAUCCAGUGAGCAGUUAGUCAUAUAGAUAACUGCAGCUCAGGGAGAGUUCUUGGGAGCCACUACAUGGCAAAGGAAGUCCUGUGGGUGACUGACGUCAUCCAGAAAGAGUUAGGAGGAUGGCAAAAGAGGAAAGCCUAAAACAGAAUCCAAGGGAAAAAAAAAAAAACACCAUCAUAGAAGGAAUAGGCAGAGGAGCUUAUGAAAGAUACUUAAAAAAAAAAAAAAAAACAGAAAAUGAAGACAUUAUGGCAUCACAAAGGAUUUUAUUCAUUUUUUGCAUUAUUUUGAAUAUUGUCUUUUCAUUUUAACAUGUGGGGCUUCUAAAUUAAUUAAGAAGCCAUGGAAAAAGAGAGUUUCACAAAAAUUAGUUAGGGACCACAGGUUUUUCUCCUAAAACACUCCAAAAACACAAACCUGAUUCUAUCACUUAACUGUGCAAAACUCUCCACAGCUUCUCUGUUGCCGUUGGGUAAAAUCCAAGCUUUAUAACGUGGCUGACAGAACUCUUCCUGAGCUGACUUCUGUCUAUCAUUCACCUCAUCUCUCAUCUCUCACCAUGCCUCAUCUCUCACCACUACCCACUAGGUCCUAUAAAAUAAACCAAUUGAUGUUUGCCCAGUCACCCAUGCUUUUUGAUGUCUCCAUGCCUUUGCCCACUUUGUGCACUCUGCCUCUGGUGCUCUUCACCCUCCCAUCUCUGUACCCAACUUAUAUUCAUCCUACAGAACCCAUGUUCUGUAGGGACACUUCCUGUGUACUAUAAUAGCCUUCUGUGUAUCCACCUAACAGAGUACUCAUCAGUAUCCUGGCAAUACUGCUACUGUUUAGUUACCUAAUGUGUAAUUACCUGCCUGCCUGACUAUUUCACCCAGCUGACUGUGAAAUAUGGGGGGGAUUAUGUCUUAUUCAUCUCCAUUUCCUAGUAUUUAGCACAAUAUUGGCCUAGCACACAGAAUACCUGCCUAUGGGUGUUCUGAUUUUCAUUUGUUGACUGAGAAGGAUGAUAGUAGUGUAAGGAACAUCAGGUUGAGGGAGAAAUUAUAGGGUUUUUAUUUGUUUUUAUAAAGGAGAUAUUUAAGCAGGUUCACAAAAAGAGAAAAGUUGAAAGAUUGGGGACCAUAAAACACAUGGAAUAGCUGCUAGGAUCAGGCACUAGAAGUAAAAAGAAGGAAAUGAGGACAAAAGCACCAUAGAAUGGCCCCUAUCACACUAUCUAUGAUAGUGGUGUGAUGGGGUAAGGUGUAUAUGGAGGUAGAUAUGGGGAGGAUGUAGGUUAUGAAAAUAGAGCUCACUUCUCAUGUGAGAAGCAUGUCUUUGUCCCUGGAGAAUAGUUUAGCAUCUGACAUAGAUGAGCCAUUCAGUCAUAGUUGUUAAAUAAACAGUGAGGCCCACACAGAGAAUUUGCAAAGAACACAGUGAGUGUUUGAUCCUACAUGAAAACUCGGGUCUUCUAACCUGGAGGACACCUAUGUAGCUCAAUUGCUGUGAAGGAAGGGGAAGAGGAAGACAAGACCCAGGCUUCCCUCUGAGUCAUGCACCCCCCACCUUCUCCAGGGAUCUCAUUAAAGGUGUUUAGCUGGGCAGAUGUAAGCCCAGGCCCUGGGAGACAGGGCAGAGUACUGGAGCUAGACUGUCUCCACCCCUUCAGUAGCUCUGGUUGUGUUGCUAAGAGCCUCAUAGGCAAAGAAGUCACAGCGGGAGCCCCAGGGCAGCCUCCUUCAGGCAGUCAGGCACUAGCCCCCAACUCGGGAAGUCCCCUACAGGCAGAGAAGGUGUGGACAUCUCACAUCCCAGCACGAGAGCACAGAACCAUGAGCCAGGACACCAAAGUGAAGACAACAGAGUCCAAUCCCCCAGCCACAUCCAAAGCCAGGAAGUCACUGCUUGUCCUGGACCCAUCUGGGGAUUACUACUACUGGUGGCUGAACACAAUGGUCUUUCCAGUCAUGUAUAACCUCAUCAUCCUCGUGUGCAGAGCCUGCUUCCCCGACUUGCAGCACGGUUAUCUGGGGGCCUGGUUGGUGCUGGACUACACAAGUGACCUGCUGUACCUGCUGGACAUCGUGGUGCGCUUCCACACAGGAUUCUUAGAACAAGGCAUCCUGGUGGUGGACAAGGGUAGGAUCUCAAGUCGCUACGUUCGCACCUGGAGUUUCUUGCUGGACCUGGCUUCCCUGAUGCCCACAGACGUGGUCUACCUGCGGCUGGGCCCACACACACCCACCCUGAGGCUGAACCGCUUUCUCCGCGUGCCCCGCCUCUUCGAGGCCUUCGACCGCACAGAGACCCGCACAGCUUACCCUAAUGCCUUUCGCAUUGCCAAGCUAAUGCUUUACAUUUUUGUCGUCAUCCAUUGGAACAGCUGCCUAUACUUUGCCCUAUCCCGGUACCUGGGCUUCGGGCGCGACGUAUGGGUGUACCCGGACCCCGCACAGCCUGGCUUUGAGCGCCUGCGGCGCCAGUACCUCUACAGCUUUUAUUUCUCCACGCUGAUCCUGACUACAGUAGGCGAUACGCCGCCGCCAGCCCGGGAGGAGGAGUACCUCUUCAUGGCGGGUGACUUCCUGCUGGCUGUCAUGGGUUUCGCUACCAUCAUGGGUAGCAUGAGCUCUGUCAUCUACAACAUGAACACUGCAGAUGCGACUUUCUACCCAGAUCACGCGCUGGUGAAGAAGUAUAUGAAGCUGCAGCAUGUCAACCGCAAGCUGGAGCGGAGAGUUAUUGACUGGUAUCAGCACCUGCAGAUCAACAAGAAGAUGACCAAUGAGGUAGCCAUCUUACAGCACUUGCCUGAGCGGCUGCGGGCAGAAGUGGCUGUGUCCGUACACAUGUCUACUCUGAGCCGGGUGCAGAUCUUUCAGAACUGUGAGGCCAGCCUGCUGGAGGAGCUGGUGCUGAAGCUGCAGCCCCAGACCUACUCACCAGGUGAAUAUGUAUGCCGCAAAGGGGACAUUGGCCGAGAGAUGUACAUCAUCAGAGAGGGUCAACUGGCCGUGGUGGCAGAUGAUGGUAUCACACAGUAUGCUGUGCUCGGUGCAGGGCUCUACUUUGGGGAGAUCAGCAUCAUCAACAUCAAAGGGAACAUGUCUGGGAACCGCCGCACAGCUAACAUCAAGAGCCUAGGUUAUUCAGACCUAUUCUGCCUGAGCAAGGAGGAUCUGAAGGAGGUGCUGAGCGAGUAUCCACAAGCACAGACCGUCAUGGAGGAGAAGGGACGUGAGAUCCUGCUGAAAAUGAACAAGUUGGAUGUGAAUGCUGAGGCAGCUGAGAUCGCCCUACAGGAGGCCACAGAGUCCCGGCUACGAGGCCUAGACCAGCAGCUGGAUGAUCUACAGACUAAGUUUGCUCGCCUGCUGGCUGAGCUGGAGUCCAGCGCACUUAAGAUUGCUUACCGCGUUGAACGGCUAGAGUGGCAGACUCGAGAGUGGCCAAUGCCCGAGGACGUGGUUGAGGCUGAUGAUGAGGGCGAGCCUGGGGAGGGAACUUCCAAGGAUGAAGAGGGCAGGGCAAGCCAGAAGGGACCCCCUGAUUUAGAGUGACCCCAUCCACAUCCCCAGAAUUCCCACCUCCUAGUGAACCUGGAGAUGUAGUAAAGCCUAACUGCUGCAACUCUGUCAUCCUGUCGCCGAUCGCAGACACAGGAGCAAAUUAGUCUAUAGAUGCCCAGCUAGAGAUGUAGGAGUAUAGCGCACAUUCAUCCCCCACUCACCAAUACACACACACACACACACACACACACACACACACGUUACUCAUAGACCUGUUGGCCCCAAGACUGUGCAUUCCACCUAAAAUGCUCUGGAAUUUCCAUUCUCAGAGCACACAGCACACUUGCUUUCCCACAAGCACCAAUAUGUCUUAUACCCACACAAUAUAUACACAUUCAGUCACACACCUCCUAAACACACAAGUGCUUACAGUCAUACACCAAUAGACACAGAUGCACUUCACAGGUGUGUACACACUUGCGAAAACACAAAAGCACACUCUGAGCCUUCUAGGUCUAAGAUAUCUUUUGAAUGUUCCGCAUAUGGGCUAUUCACAAGUAUACCCUGAAAAUUGCACUUCAAUAAAGUAUCUGCCUCCUCCCUAAGCAUUUAUGAGGCUGGAAAGAAAAGGCAAAGUCAAUGGUGGGGCCAGGAUGGAUUCUGUCUGAAUUCUGAGUCACAGAGGUGAUUAGCAUGAACUGUGUAGUACCCCGUGGGUUAGAUUCAGAAGUGAGGUACCUGAAGAAUAGAGAAUCAAUACUCAGCCUAGGCAAAGCAGGCUCUCACAUCACACUGCCAUAAGAAUGCCCCAACUGGCACUUUGGGAGGCCGAGGCGGGUGGAUCACGAGGUCAACAGAUCGAGACCUUCCUGGUCAACAUAGUGAAACCCCGUCUCUACUAAAAAUACAAAAAAUUAGCUGGGCAUGGUGACGUGUACCUGUAAUCCCAGCUACUCAGGAGGCUGAGGCAGGAGAAUUGCCUGAACCCAGGAGGCGGAGGUUGCAGUGAGCCGAGAUAGCGCCAUUGCACUCCAGCCUGGGUAACAAGAGUGAAACUCCGUCUCAAAAAAAAAAGAAUGCCCCAACUGGCCUUUGCAUCCCACACUAGAGCACAUGUUCUCAAUGUAUAAGCUCUGAAGGGUUUCAUCUAAUUAAGUGGGCCAGAACAGAUACCUCUGCUUCUUUUUCUUCCCUCUGGCCAGCCCUGGUGUCUGGGGCCAGGGGUUCCAUGUGUUCAGGGCUGAUUCCAAGAAGAGAAUAGUUUCCUUCUCCCAACAGAAAGAGGGUGAAUAGUUCCAACAGGACCAUUCACCUGGCCCUGUCCUCCCAUGAUAGUUGUUGGAACUGGUGUUGUUUCUGGUAGAAAUCCAGCCCUCCCUCUUUGCACAGUAUUCCAAAACACAGGGGAGAGUAGAGACUAGGUGCAGUGGAAUAUUAUGUUCAGAAGCAACUAGAGAUGAGUGUGUUGGGAAUUUUGGAGUUAACUCUGGUGUACUUGGAAGGAGGUCUGCACUUGGGGCAGGAAAGGUAUCGUAGGGUCUAUGAGGAGGAGUCUGAUGUCAUGUCUGACCCGGAUUCACCCUGAGCCACCACUGCAGCUCCUCUACUGCCUGGUCAGUCUUGAAGCCUCAGCUGUGGCAAGUGGUAGUUGAAAAUAUAUCCAGGAUUUAACUUAUAGGUAUAACUGAGUGAUGUGUCUCUACUCUCAGGAGAGAUUAUGAGGGUAAUCACAUUUUAAAUCAUAUACGUUAGUAUAUGGUUAUUUGGUGAUAAGUCUUUGUCACAAAAUGUAAGAUCCACGAGACCAGCACUGGGUUUUUCUUGUUCAUCUCUGUGUCCCCAGGGAUGUACCUGGCACAUAGUAAGUACCCAAAUAUAUAUUUGGUAACCAAAGAAGAGAGAGUUGAAGCAGAUAGAGGCCAAAUGUUGGAGGAGAUGUGUGUCAGUUUCUUGAGAGGUUUUUUGUUUUUUUAAUCAUCUUUGCCCUCAUAUCAUCUUGAGCUAGAAUGGGUGGGUACAUUGCAAAGGCCAUUUAGGUGGCAUCUGAUGGAUUUAGGGAGUUGAGAACAAGUUUUUCACUGACACAUUGCAAUGUGCACAACUGUUCCCAGUGAAGGCUCUCUUAGAACAGGCUCUCUUAGAAAGAUCUCUACAUUUUAGGGUUCAUCUGAUUAGAGCAGGUUCACCUAAAUAAUGCAGAGUAAGCUCCCUAUUUUAAGGUCAACUGAUAAUAUUAACUAAUUUAAUUACAUCCUCGAUGUCCCUUUUGUCAUAUCCCUGGGAAUAACAUCAGAGGGCAAAAGUAAUUUCUAGGGAGAAAAGCAACCUAGGCACCACUUUCAAUGAGGGCCCAAAAUAGGGAACACUAAGAGUUGAGUCUUUGGAAAGAGCUGGAGAAUGAUCACUGUGCCUGAGCAGGUGCUGGAGCCUCAGAACAGCACCCCCUACAAGUGUGCAGGCUUGAACAAGGCACAUACCAGCAUUAUCAGCAUGCUCCGAAGACCGGAGGCCCUGCCCUAGAUGUUCUGCUCAACAUAAAAGCCCCAGAGACUGUUGCAAGGCCCUAAAUUGGGAAAGAGAGUGGGAAGAAAGCCCAAAACAUAACCAAGAUUAAAUAUCCCAUAAAGGGAAAACAGCAUGGAGAUUCCUUAAAGAACUAAAUGUAGAACUACCAAUUGAUCCAGCAAUCCCACUACUGGGUAUUUACCAAAGGAAAAGAAGUCAUUAUAUGAAAAACACACAUAUAGCAGCACAAUUCACAAUUGCAAAGAUAUGGAACUGACCUAAGUGCCCAUCAACCAACAAGGGGAUAAAGAGAAUGUGGUAUGUUAGGCCAGACACAGUGGCUUAUGCCUGUAAUCCCAGCGCUUUGGGAGGUAAAGGUGGGUGGUUCACUUGAGGCCAGGAGUUCAAGACCAGCCUGGCCAACAUGGUGAAACCUCGUCUCUACUAAAAGUUAAAAAAAACAAUAGCCAGGCAUGGUGGUGCACAACUGUAAUUCCAGCUACUAGGGAGGCUGAGACAAGAGGAUUGCUUGAACCUGGGAGGUGGAGGUUGCAGUGAGCCAAGAUCAUGCCACUGUAGUCUGGCCUGGACAACCGAGCGAGACUCUGUCUCAAAAAUGAAAGAAGAAAGAAAGAGAGAGAGAGGGAGGAAGGGAGGGAGGGAAGGAUGGAAGGAAAGGAAAGGAAAGGAAGGAAGGAAGGAGUGAAGGAAGGAAAAAGAAAGAAAGAGAGAGAGAAAGAAGGAAAAGAAAAGAAAAUGUGUUAUGUUUAGACCAUGGGAUACUACUCAGCCAUAAAAAGGAGUGAAAUAAUGUCUUCUGCAGCUUAGAUGGCGCUGGAGGCCAUUAUUCUAAAUGAAGUAACUCAGGAAUGGAAAACCAAAUACUGUAUGUUCUUACUUACAAGUAGAAGCUAAGCUACAAGUACACAAAGGCAUAAGACUGAUAUGAUGGACUCUGGGGACUCUAGGGGAAGGUUGGGAGGGAGUGAGGGAUAAAAGACUGCACGUUGGGUAUAGCGUACACUGCUUCGGCACUAAAAUCUCAGAAAUCACCACUAAGGAACUUAACCAUGUAACAAAAACCCACCUGUACCCCCAAAACUAUUGAAAUUAAAUAAAUAUUUUAUAAAGUAAA